CAACUGCAAACGAGAUGUCCGCCAUCAAGAUCAAUCUAUCCGCGCCAAUCUAUGGCAGCGAUGGCACGGGGAUCGUGCCCAACGAGCCCGGCGAGAGGGCUGAGGCUGCUGACGAGUUCCUCGUCGCCCUCAAGAACGCCUUCCGCCGCCAGCUUCGUAAGGCAGGUCCCCAAGGCGACGCCAUGAGAGCAAUGUUCGGCACCGACGACUACGAAUUUGUUGGUGGUCAGAUGCCCGUGGGCUACACCCACGUCAGAAAGGAUCCGAAUGGUCGCCGCGACAUUCGCAUCUAUGGCCAUCCCUCCGGCAGAUUCUACAACUCGGCAGCCAAGUUCUUGCCGCACGUCGUUUUCCUGUUGACACUCAGUGUCGAUCACUGCGAGUGCGACCUCUGCGGG